AUGGAGGGCCAGAGCGGGAGCCCGUGGGCCCUGGGGCUGCUGCGCACCUUCGACGCGGGCGAGUUCGCGGGCUGGGAGAAGGUCGGCUCGGGCGGCUUCGGACAGGUGUACAAGGUGCGCCACGUCCACUGGAAGACGUGGCUCGCCAUCAAGUGCUCGCCGAGCCUGCACGUCGACGACAGGGAGCGUAUGGAACUUUUGGAGGAAGCCAAGAAAAUGGAGAUGGCCAAGUUCCGGUAUAUUCUGCCUGUGUAUGGCAUAUGCCAAGCGCCUGUUGGCCUGGUCAUGGAAUACAUGGAGACGGGCUCGCUGGAGAAGCUGCUGGCCUCUGAGCCGUUGCCGUGGGAUCUGCGCUUCCGCAUCAUCCACGAGACCGCAGUGGGCAUGAACUUCCUGCACUGCAUGGCCCCGCCGCUCCUUCACUUGGACCUCAAGCCUGCAAAUAUCCUGCUGGAUGCCCACUAUCAUGUCAAGAUCUCCGAUUUUGGGCUGGCCAAGUGCAAUGGGCUGUCCCACUCCCACGACCUCAGCAUGGACGGCCUGUUCGGCACCAUUGCCUACCUCCCUCCGGAGCGCAUCCGGGAGAAGAGCCGGCUCUUUGACACCAAGCAUGACGUGUACAGCUUUGCCAUUGUGCUCUGGGGUGUGCUUACACAGAAGAAACCAUUUGCAGACGAGAAGAACAUCCUGCACAUCAUGGUGAAGGUGGUGAAGGGGCACCGCCCGGAGCUGCCGCCUGUCUGCAGAGCCCGGCCGCGCGCCUGCGGCAGCCUCGUACACCUCAUGCAGCGGUGCUGGCACGGGGACCCCAGAGAGCGGCCCACCUUCCAGGAAAUUACUUCCGAAACCGAGGACCUGUGUGAAAAACCCGAUGAAGAGGUGAAGGAGACGACGGCCCAUGAUGUAGAUGUGAGGAGUCCGCCGCAGCCCAGGAGCCAGGCCCCUGUGUCCACACCUCUGAAACGAGCCUCCGCCCCAACCUUUGAUAACGACUACAGCCUCUCGGAGCUGUUGUCUCAGCUGGACUCGGGCAUCUCGCAGACUCUCGAGGGCCCUGAAGAGUUCAGCCGCAGCUCCUCCGAGUCCAGGCUUCCGUCGACAGGCAGCGGCAAGCGGCUGUCGGGGGUGUCUUCAGUGGACUCUGCCUUCUCCUCCAGGGGAUCUCUGUCCCUGUCCUUUGAGCGGGAGCCUUCCACGGGAGAUCUUGGCACCACUGACGUCCAGAAGAAGAAACUUGUGGAUGCUGUGGUGACCGGGGACACCAGCAGGCUGAUGAAGAUCCUGCAGCCCCAGGACGUCGACCUGGUCUUGGAUGGCGGCGCCAGUCUACUGCACCUGGCUGUGGAGGCCGGGCAGGAGGAGUGUGUCAAGUGGCUUCUCCUCAACAACGCCAACCCCAACCUGACCAACAAGAAGGGCUCCACCCCGCUCCAUGUGGCCGUGGAGAAGCGGGUGCGUGGUGUUGUGGAGCUCCUGCUGGCCCGGAAGAUCAGUGUCAAUGCCGCGGAUGAGGACCAGUGGACGGCCCUCCACUUUGCGGCCCAGAACGGGGACGAGUGUAGCACGCGGCUGCUGCUGGAGAAGAAUGCCUCCAUCAAUGAGGUGGACUGCGAGGGCCGCACGCCCAUGCACGUGGCCUGCCAGCAUGGGCAGGAAAGCAUCGUGCGCAUCUUGCUGCGCAGAGGUGUCGACGGGGGACUGCAGGGGAAGGAUGCCUGGGGGCCGCUGCACUACGCCGCCUGGCAGGGCCACCUGCCCAUCGUCAAGCUGCUGGCGAAACAGCCAGGGGUGAGUGUGAACGCCCAGACGUUGGAUGGGAGGACGCCCCUGCACCUAGCCGCCCAGCGAGGGCACUACCGUGUGGCCCGCAUCCUCAUCGACUUGCAGUCUGAUGUCAACCUCUGCAGCCUGCUCUCGCAGACGCCCCUGCAUGUCGCCGCAGAGACGGGGCACACGAGCACCACCAGGCUGCUCCUGCAUCGGGGUGCCAGCAUGGAGGCAGUGACUUCGGAGGGCUGCACUGCCCUGCACCUGGCUUCCCGGAAUGGGCACCUGGCAACUGUCAAGCUGCUCGUGGAGGCGAAGGCCGAUGUGCUGGCCCGGGGGCCCCGGAACCAGACAGCGCUGCACCUGGCUGCCUCCGGUGGGCACUCAGAUGUCGUUGAGGAGCUGGUGAGUGCUGACAUGCUCAACUUGUCCGAUGAGCAGGGCCUCAGCGCGCUGCACUUGGCCGCCCAGGGCCGGCAUGCCAGGACCGUGGAGACACUGCUUAAACACGGGGCCCAUGUCAACCUGCAGAGUCUCAAGUUCCAGGGUGGCCACAGCCCAGCUGCCAUGCUGCUCCGGCGGAGCAAGACCUAGCCUGCUGCCUAUGGAGACCGGGGCCCCACACAGGGUUCUCGUCCCAUUGUGUUCUGCUGUGGGGAUGAAACGAUGCUGAGCUGGUCAGUAUCGCUCGCCUUGUCAGUGGCCUGGCGGGCAUUGACCAAGCAGGCCCCAAAGAGGCAGGUGGCUGCUGACUCUUGAUCCGUGCUGGGCAUCUGCUUAUGUGUUACCCUCCGAGUGAAGUUGGUUAUUAGAACGUGCUUGGCUGCCAGCCCACCUUUCCCUCCGUGCCUGGUGUCGGGUAAUGUGUUGGAAUCAUUUCGCUGUGGUCCUUGCUCCUGCUGUGGGUGCCUCUCUCAGCACAAGGUGGCCCCCGAGCUUCGGCGGGAUUGGGUCCGCCCUGUCAUGAGCCAAGCCACGUGUGACUGUGUGCAGCGCACCAGCCUGGAGCAGCCGGUGUGGGAGGAGGUGUGAUUCUUACUCGUGGGCAGUGGCAGGCAAAGCAGCCUGUUUCAGAAAGUUGUAGUGGAAUUCUUGUUUUAUAGAAUAUCUUUGAUAGAUGAACACAAUAUCAGCUGUUGCUUUAAGCCUGUUAAUGUUCAUAUCUUUGGAGAGGCUAGUCUGAGGAAUGAGUAUAUAAAGUAAUAGGGUUGGUUUUGGAAAACAGUUAUCCUAGCAGCUCUUUCAUGUCCAAAUAUGUUUGUCCUGCCAGCAGUCCUCAUGGCAGCGACACACGUCUCCUGACUGCUGCAUGAUCUCGUUAAUUUCUUUUUGCAUAAAAUAUUUUGUGAGGUCUAGAGCCAAAUGUGUGAAAGUCAUUAAGGAAUUCAUACGUGAUAACCUCAGCUGUGGGCUGAAACCAGGGUCGCCUAGCUGAUGAACCCCCUUACCCCUGGUUUCUCCCAGCUCUGGGCUGCGGUAAGGUGUGUGUGUGUGCUGCUGUUUGGGCCUCAGGUGUUCUGACCCACUUUACAAACAGCUGUGCUGGGCAGGAGCCUUGGUGAUUGAGGUGUGACCCCGAGGUGGCUCUCGGAGACAGCUGCACACUUGGGUAUGAAAAACUUUAUUUUGUAACCCAAUUCCCUUGUUGUUGUGUGUCCCGUGUGGCACUCCCUGAGUGUGUUAGAGAAUGCUGCAGGGCGUGAGCUUGCACAUGCCCUGUAGCCCGGUGUAUAAUACAGAGAUUGAUAUUAAUGUACCGUGUAUGUUAAUGUGAAUCUGUGGGCAGGAAAUACCCAGACUGCUUAGAACUGGCUAUGUUUUAAUAUGCCUCGUGCUUUUACUAUGUUAUGCUAUUGUUGUAUAGAAUGUGUGGAGGAUGGAAAGUUCUGUUUGAUGUCAAUAAAGCUAAGUACUCUUUUUUUUUUGCA